AUGGAGACUUGGAAGGCGUUUUGGGAGUUCAUCAUUCUUGCAGCUAGUUUUGGCUUCAUCAAGUCACAGAGAAUUGUCUGCAGGGAAGCGUCUGUGGGAGAUGUCGUGUUUCUAGUGGACGCCAACAUCUACCCCCAACAUACCCGCAGCAUGCGGAACUUCUUGUACAUCAUGGUAAACAGCUUCAAUGUCAGCAAAGAGACCAUCCGCGUGGGGCUGGCUCAGUACGGCGACAUGCCCCAUUCCGAAUUCCUACUUUCCACCUACCCCCGCAAAGUCGAUGUUUUGAAACACAUUCAAAGGUUUCAAUUUCGGCCUGGGGGCCACAGGUUGGGCCUGGCCCUGCAGUUCCUUCUAGAUCAGCACUUCCAGGCAGCAACAGGGAGUCGCGCAAGCCAGGGCGUGCCUCAGACGGCCCUGGUGAUCAGCAGCAGCCCAGCUGAGGACGGUGCGCGGGAAGCCGCCGAGGCCCUCAGGAGGGCGGGCGUCCGGCUUUAUACCCUUGGUGUCAAAGAUGCGGUUUUGGCCGAGCUCAAGGAGAUUGCGAGCAGUCCUGAGGAGAAGUUCGCCUCUUUUGUUCCCAACUUCUCUGAUCUGCGCGGUCAUGCUCAGAAGCUGCAGCAACAGCUCUGUGACACUUUGGCAAAGGCAGUUCAGCCUGUUGACAACGUCUUUCCAGCUUGCAGAGAGGCAGUCUUAGCAGACAUUGUCUUCCUAGUAGACAGCUCAACCAGCAUUGGACCCCAGAACUUCCAAAAAGUGAAGAACUUCCUUUACUCUGUCAUCUUGGGGCUUGACAUCAGCAGUGACCAGGUCCGAGUGGGACUUGCUCAGUAUAAUGACAACAUCUACCCAGCCUUUCAGCUGAACCAGCACCCUCUGAAGAGUGUGGUCCUGGAGAAGAUCCAGAAUCUUCCCUACCGUACAGGAGACACAAACACAGGGAGUGCCCUGGAGUUUAUCAGGAGGCACUACUUGACUGAGGCAGCUGGCAGCCGGGCCAAGGACAGGGUUCCUCAGAUAGUUAUCCUGGUGACAGAUGGGGAGUCAAAUGAUGAAGUUCAGGAGGCAGCUAACAAGUUAAAAGAAGAUGGAGUGGUUGUUUAUGUGGUAGGGGUCAAUGUCCAAGAUGUCCAGGAAUUGCAAAAAAUAGCCAGUGAGCCAUUUGAGAAGUAUCUCUUCAACAUCGAAAACUUCAACACCCUUCAGGAUUUCUCAGGAGGCAUUCUUCAGACUCUGUGCUCAGCAGUGGAGGGUAAGAUAAAAGAAUUCACCCAAGCUUAUGCAGAUGUGGUCUUUCUUGCCGACACCUCACAGGGCACAUCACAUGCCAGUUUCCAGUGGAUGCAGAAUUUCAUCUCCAGAGUGAUUGACCUGCUGGAUGUUGGCAGGGACAAGUACCAGAUUGGGCUGGCUCAGUAUGGUGAUCAAGGCCACAUGGAAUUUUUGCUCAAUACCUACCAGACCCGGGAUGAGAUGAUUGCCCAUGUCCGUGACCACUUUUUGCUCCAGGGUGGCUCCAGGAGGACGGGCAAAGCUCUGCGAUAUCUUCAUCAGACUUUCUUCCAGGAGGCAGCAGGAAGCCGGUUUCUCCAGGGUGUUCCGCAAUAUGCAGUGGUCAUGACCUCAGGCAAAUCUGAGGAUGAGGUCUGGGAUGCCGCACAGACUUUGAGGGAAAAAGGCGUGAAAGUCAUGUCUGUGGGUGUACAGGACUUUGACAGGAGAGAACUGGAGGGGAUGGCAACCCCACCCCUUGUAUAUGAGAUGCAAGGACAAGAUGGAGUCAGACAGCUGAUGCAGGAUGUGGGUGUGGUGAUCCAAGGGACCGGGCAGCUCGGGCUCGGGACUGCGUCUGAGAAGGAGCCUGUAGUAGCAUGUCCGACGGCUAUCCCAACUGAUUUGGUCUUUCUCAUUGAGGAAUUCAGCUGGGACAGGCAACCAAAUUUCCAACAGGUCGUCAGCUUCUUAAAGACCACUGUCAGCUCUCUAAACGUUCGUCCAGAUGGUGUGAGAAUUGGCUUGGUCUUUUACAGUGAGGAACCACGACUGGAGUUUUCCCUGGAUGCAUUUCAGAACCCAGCCAAAAUCUUAGAGUAUUUGGACAAAAUAACCUACCGGAGAAGAAGUGGAAGGACCAAGACUGGAGCUGCUUUGGAUUUCCUAAGGAACGAAGUUUUCAUUGAGGAGAGGGGCAGCCGGUUCAAACACGGUGUGCAGCAGCUGGCCGUGGUCAUCACGGAAGGCUUCUCUCAAGACCAGUUGUCCAAGCCAGCUUCCCUCCUCCGCAGGGCAGGGGUUGCCAUCUACGCGGUGGGCACCCACCUAGCCUCAGAGAGUAAGGACCUGGAGAAUAUAGCAUCAUAUCCUCCUUGGAAGCAUGUCAUCUCGCUGGAAUCCUUUCUGCAACUCUCUGUUGUGGGAAACAAGAUUAAGAACCAACUCUGCCCUGAGACUGUGGACAAAGGUGUUUCCAUUUCUGGGAUGGGCCAGGCUCCACAAGAAGACUGUGUGCACAUUGAGAAGGCCGAUAUUUACUUCCUUGUCGAUGGGUCUAGCAGCAUCAACCAUGAUGAUUUUCUCGAAAUGAAGACAUUCAUGAAUGGGGCGAUAAAGAGGUUCCAAAUUGGGCCUGACAGAGUACAGUUUGGAGUCGUUCAGUACUCAGAUGGAAUUGAUAUUCAGUUUAUCCUCAACCAGUAUUCCAGUGUGUCAGGACUGAAGGCAGCCAUUGAUGACAUCCAGCAGAGGAAAGGUGGCACCAUGACCGGUCAGGCCUUGAGCAGCAUGGCUCAGGUCUUUGUGAACACCACCCGCAGCGGUGUGCCUUGGUAUCUCAUAAUCAUCACUGAUGGUAAAUCUGAAGACCCGGUGGCUGAGCCUGCAGAGGCAUUGAGGAGAGAAGGAGUCAUCAUUUAUGCUAUUGGAAUAAAAAAUGCUAAUGUUAUGGAGCUCAAGGAGAUAGCUAAAGAUAAGACGUUUUUCACGCCUGAGUUUGAUUCCUUGAAGGCCAUCCAACAAGAUGUGGUCCAGGACAUCUGCUCCUCAGAGACCUGUAAGAAUAGGCAAGCUGAUAUUAUCUUCCUGAUAGACGGUUCGGAAUCCAUCUCCCCAAAAGACUUUGAAAAGAUGAAGGGAUUCAUCAAGCGGAUGGUGAACCAAGCUGAUAUUAGUGCUGAUGAAAUUCAGAUUGGCCUUUUGCAGUUCAGCUCAACUCCUCAGGAAGAAUUCAGGCUUGACCAAUACUCCUCAAAGGCGGACAUCCACAGAGCCAUCUCAAAUGUUCAGCAGAUGAAGGAUGGCACCCACACUGGGAAAGCCCUGACUUUCACUCUGCCUUUUUUUGACAGUUCAAGAGGAGGGAGACCCAGUGUUCAUCAGUAUUUGGUUGUGAUCACUGAUGGGGUUGCCCAGGAUGACGUGGUCGUGCCAGCCAAGUCUCUCAGGGACAGGAACAUCAUUAUUUUUGCCAUUGGGGUGGGAGAAGCCAAAAAUGCUCAGCUUUUGCAGAUUACUGAUGACCCGCAGAAAGUGUACUAUGAAGAGAAUUUUGAGUCCCUGCAGAACUUGGAGAAGAAACUUCUUCUUAAGGUUUGCAUUCCGCAAGGAUGCGACGUAGCUUUGUCUGUAGGAGUUGAUAUUUCCACUUCCGCAAGGCAAGUUCAGCAGAAGCUUCAAGGGUUACUGCCGGAGGUGAUGCGACCGUUGGCCUCGCUUUCCAACAUUAGCUGUAGUGCUGCUGGUGGCCUCAACCUGAUGUUCCGCUACUUGGUCCCUGGCUCAAAUGGCCAGCUUAUCUUUGACUCAGGCUUUAAAAAGUAUAGCGAUGAUAUUAUUCAGGCAUUCUUAAUUCAUCAGACUGCCACGAGCAACUAUAUGGAUGCGGAUUUUUUGCAGUCCCUGGGAGAUCACGCUAUCCAUCUGUCUUCUGCUAAAGUGAAGGUCCUUUUAGUGUUUACAGACGGACUGGAUGAUAAUUUCCAGAGACUGAAGAUAACAUCUGAGCUUCUCCGCAGCAAAGGAUUCUCUGGGCUCCUCUUUAUUGGCCUGGAAGGUGUGCAUAAAUUAGAAGAGCUCCAGGAGCUAGAAUUUGGCAGAGGAUUCAUAUAUAAUCAACCUCUGAGCAUCACACUGCAAUCCCUCCCAAGCAUCUUACUGAAGCAACUUGACACAAUUGUGGAAAGAAGAUGCUGCAAUAUAUAUAUAAAGUGUUUUGGAGAAGAUGGGUACCAGGGUGAUGGUGGAAACCCUGGGAGCAAGGGAAAGCUGGGUGCUGAUGGGUUACCUGGUCAUCCUGGUGAAGAAGGUGGACAUGGAGAAAGAGGCCCCCAGGGCCUUCCUGGACCCCGAGGUGAGGAAGGAUGCCCAGGUGUGAGAGGACCUAAGGGAGCAAGAGGAUUUUCAGGAGAGAAGGGAAGCCCUGGUGAUGAAGGUGUUGACGGCUUGGUUGGGGAACAGGGUAAUCGUGGAGCCCCGGGGUCAUCUGGAGAAAAAGGAAAUAGGGGAAAUCGGGGCUUGACAGGACCACCUGGACCUCCUGGAGAGCACGGAGAGCCUGGGUUAAGGGGAGACCCUGGAGAUCCUGGAGCAGAUAGUUACAUCCAAGGCCCUAAGGGAGAAAAAGGAAGGCGUGGACAUUGGGGACGUUCUAGUUUCGAUGGACCUCAGGGGGAACCUGGAAAUGUUGGCCCUCAGGGGUCAAGAGGAAGACGAGGUGUGCCAGGGCUGAAGGGUGUGCGUGGAGAAUCCGGUGAACGGGGUUACCACGGAGAGCUUGGAUACCCUGGCUCACAGGGACUGAGAGGAAGGCAAGGACCACCAGGAAAUUCUGGACAAAGAGGCUUACCGGGUGCUGAGGGGGUUCCUGGGCCUCCAGGGCCAAUUGGUUCCAAAGGAAAAGCUGGACCAACAGGAAUGAAGGGGGAAGUUGGUGAUGCAGGAGCCACAGGCCCGCAGGGUCCACAAGGACUAAGAGGGCAACCUGGCCUUUUAGGUCCAGAUGGAUAUGGAUAUCCGGGAAGAAAAGGAAAAAAGGGUGAACCUGGAUUUCCUGGCUCUCCUGGUGCACAAGGAGAAGAUGGUGAUCGGGGCCACCAAGGAGAGAAGGGGGCAAAGGGAAUCAGAGGAAGGAGGGGUAAUGCUGGCUUUCCUGGACUUAUUGGAACUCCAGGUGACCAAGGCCCUCCAGGACCAGUGGGCAUCAAGGGGCUCAAAGGCUUGGCAGAUAUGACGCCUUGUGAAAUCAUUGCUAUCAUACAAGAGAACUGCCAUGAGAUGGAUGGAACCAACAGAUUUCACCUGUUUGUCUGGGAGACCGAGAGUCAGCAGGACGUGGAGCACAUGGUCCACUGCACUCUCUGCUAUGACAAGUGCAGACCAGACCCAGAGUGUGAGCGGAGUGCGCCAGGACCCCUGGCAGGGGACAUGGAUGUGGUAUUCGUGGUGGACAGCUCCUAUGGCAUUGGUGCUGAUGUGUACCGCACUGCCCUGAGUCUAGUGGAUGCCAUGCUCAACGACCUGGAGGUGGCUGCGCAGCCUAGCAUGUCCCUCCGUGGGGCGCGUGCUGCCCUGGUGAUGUACACAACUCCAGGCUUCUGGCCCGGUGCAGGGCGCCCCCCUGUGCUGGAGGGCUUCCACCUGACCUCCUACGGCCAAAAGAUACAGAUGCGGAGGUACCUCCGUGAGGCUUCUGGCCGCCCUCUGCAGGGAGCUCCCGCCCUGGGACACGCCCUGGAGUGGACUCUGGAGAAGGUGCUCCUGGCAGCCCCUCUGCCCAGGCAGGUGCGGGUCCUCUUCGCCAUCGUGGCCAGUGAGACCAGCAGCUGGGACCAGGAGAAGCUAAGGACUCUGUCCCUGGAGGCCAAGUGCAAGGGCAUCACUCUGUUUGUGCUGGCCUUGGGCCCAGGUGUGGGUACCCAUGAGCUGGCUGAGCUGGAGGGUGUGGCCAGCCUCCCCACCGAGCAGCACCUGCUACGUCUGGAGGGAAUCUCAGGCCAGGAAGUAGCCUAUGCCCAGGGAUUCACGAGGGCCUUCCUGAACCUUCUAAAAAGUGGAAUAAACCAGUACCCAUCCCCCGAGCUCAUUGGAAAAUGUGGGGGCCCGAACCGAGGGGACACUCUGCUGCAACCAUUUAGGCUUGUCAGGAGGUUGCCCAGGCUCCAAUUUGGCCAAUCUGGCUUUGCGGGUGAUCUGGAAGCACUUGGAGGGACAGACAUUUUGCUAGAGGAGAAUAGAAAAGCCACAGUGAAAUCUGUAACUUGGCAAGAAGCACUUGAAAAUUAUGAAAAGAAUGGACAUGGUGCUGAAGGAAAUGGACAAAGGCCUGCAAGACGAAAACAAACUGGAAAAGAAAGAAAUUCAGGCACUGCCUAUGGUAGUCUUACCAAGGCAGUGAUUUUCAGUCUUGGCUGUAAAUUAGAAUCGCCUGAGAAUCUAAACAUUCUCAAUGCUUAG